AUGGCUAGGCUUGAAGGGCCUAGUGGUCCUCAGAAUCCGCUAAUCACUACAAAUGGUAUGCUGAUAAUUGAUAAGAUAAUUGAUCGCGAUGGAAAGGUCUAUGAAAAUAUAGCAGGAGGUGGUGGCAUGUUCGCUAUGCUAGGUGGAUGUAUUGUGUCUUUGGACUCGAAAAUUUCAAGAAGUUUGAAGUGGAUAGUAGAUUGCGGUUACGAUUUCCCUGCCGAGCUAAUGGAGGAGAUUACAAGUUGGGGAAGUGGUGCUGUAUUCAGGCAUGACGAUAGCAGAGAAACUACCCGCGGAUGGAACCAUUACAGUGGAUUAGAUUUAAGAAACUUUAAAUACUUGAAUCAGAAGAAGAUAAUCCAGGCAAGCGACUGGAAAGAGUUUGGGGAAGAACAGCUCAAGAGAAUCGAAUGUUUACAUUUAGUGUGUUCAACUGAGCGGUUCCAUUCAUUGAAAGAGGAAACAUCCUCAUCGGUAUGUCAUCCGCAGGUAAUCGUAUGGGAGCCUCUUCCCGAUAUAUGUGAUCAGGCUCAUUAUAAUGAAAUAGAGGAAAUUAUUGGCAGAGAAGAAGAUUUUGCCAUCGUCUUUUCUCCGAAUGCGGAGGAGGGUGCACGAUUACUAGGUGACAUAGAACCGCUCACAUUUGAAGAAGCUGAUUCAUGUAUUAAUAGGUUUGAUCAGUUGCUCGCAGACAAAAAUGUAUGUGUUCUGAGAUGUGGAAAGUUGGGAAGUCUUACUCUCACCUCAAGAAAAUUAGCGACAGGCAAAAGGUCUAUAUAUCACCACCCUGCUUACCAUGAAAAUAGCCCUGAUAAAGUGAUUGAUCCCACAGGAGGAGGUAAUUCAUUUUUGGGUGGAUUCUGUCUCGCAUAUACAGCCACUCAAGAUUUGAAGAUUGCGAAUAUUUGUGGUAACAUUGCUGCCGGCUGCAUUAUCGAACAAAUUGGAGUACCUAAAUUUGAUCAUCAAACCAGGGAAUGGAACGGCCAGACAUUCCGCCAAAGACUCGAUACAUAUCUAGCCAAUUUUCCUGAAGUCGCUGAUAAAAAAGCGGAUCAAGUGUGUCAAGAGUUAACUUAUAGAUGGAGCUAA